GCAUCAUGCUUGUCCCCCGCUUCUUGCCCUUGCCCCUUCCAGCUUGGCAUCCCUGAGCGUGGUCUCUGCGGCUGGGAGAUCCCACCUUCGGGCCGGAGGUCCUGCUGCGUCUCGAGAAGAGUUGUCUCACCGCUUGCUCAGGAAGCGCCAGAAGAGAGCUCGGAAAAAAAGGAAGGCAGAAGCCGAUGCAAUCGCGGAUGUGGGUAAGACCUCGCAGCUGCUUGGGCUCCACAGUCCUCGGCGAUGAAUCCCGAGGAACGCGUCGUGACAUGGCUCAUCUCUUUGGGAGUUUUAAAUUCCCCCAAGAAGACCAUCUGUGAUCCGGAGGAAUUCUUGAAGGUGUCUCUGAAAAAUGGGGUAGUGCUAUGCAAACUGCUAAAUCGACUCGUUCCUGGAGCUGUGGACAAGUACCACCAGGAGCCCCAAUCGGAAGCUGACUGCCUCAGUAACAUUAAGGACUUCCUUAAAGGAUGUGCAGGUCUUCAGGUAGAGGUCUUUGAUCCUUGUGACCUUUACACCGGCAACAAUUUCUCCCGAGUACUGAGCACCCUUUUAGCUGUCAACAAAGCUACUGAAGAUCACCAGGUUUCGGAAAGACCAUGCCAGCCUUUCUCUUCCAUUAGUGCUGUUUCUAGUUCUCAGACUAACCUCCCGGGAGCGGUUUCUAACUCGACACCAGCGCUAAGAAGGCAUUCAAAGGCAGCGGAGAUGACUGAAAAUGGGAAUCACCAGUUGGUGGUGAAGGCGAGAUUCAACUUUAAGCAGACCAAUGAAGAUGAGCUGUCGGUCUGCAAAGGUGAUAUCAUUUACGUCACUCGCGUGGAAGAAGGUGGCUGGUGGGAAGGCACGCUCAAUGGGAAAACCGGCUGGUUCCCCAGUAAUUAUGUCAGAGAAAUUAAGCCGAAUGAGAAACCCGGCUCUCCAAAGACAGUAAAAGGACUUGAUACUCUCCAGCUUACCAAGAAUUACUACAAUGUGGUUUUGCAAAACAUCCUGGAAACCGAACAGGACUACGCUAAGGAACUACAGUCGCUUCUUGCAACUUACUUACGUCCGCUCCAGGCCAAUGACAAGCUGAGUGCUGUGGAGUUUGCGUCUUUAUUGGGCAACUUUGAGGAAGUAUGCACGUUUCAGCAGACCCUGUGCCAGGCCCUAGAGGAGUGUGCAAAACUUCCCGAGAGUCAGCAGAAAGUUGGAGGCUGCCUGAUGUCCCUAAUGCCUCAGUUUAAAUCUCUGUAUCUCACUUAUUGUGCUAAUCAUCCCUCAGCUGUGAACGUUAUAACUCAACACAGUGACAGCCUGGAAAAGUUUAUGGAGAGUCAAGGAGCAAGCAAUCCUGGGAUUCUUCUGUUGACGACAAACCUCAGCAAGCCCUUCAUGCGACUGGAAAAGUACGUGUCUCUCCUCCAAGAGCUGGAGCGCCACAUGGAGGAGUCUCAUCUGGAUCACCAGGACGUUCUGAAAGCGAUUGGAUCAUUCAAAGCUCUGGCGGCUCAGUGUCAGGACCUGAGAAAGAAGAAACAACUGGAAUUGCAGAUUCUUUCCGAAACCAUCCAGGGCUGGGAAGGAGAUGAUAUAAAAACCCUGGGCAAUGUCAUCUUUAUGUCGCAAGUAAUGGUACAGUGUGGUAACAACGAGGAGAAAGAAGAAAGAUACUUCUUGUUAUUUUCCAGCGUUUUGCUCAUGAUAUCAGCCAGCCCUCGGAUGAGUGGCUUUAUCUACCAGGGAAAACUCCCAAUCGCAGGAAUGAUGCUAACUAGACUGGAUGAAAGCGAAGGCACUGACUACUCAUUUGAAAUAGCAGGCCCCCUGUUCGAGAGGAUGACGGUGUUCUGUGCCAGCAGCCAGGAUCUCCAGGAGUGGCUGGAUCACCUGCACAGACUGCUCAGGGGCACUAGUGCGGGCAGCAUGCUCGUGAAAACCCAGUCGUGGAGCGCCCAGUCUUCUUCUAGCUCUGUCGGACAACCUCGAGGACCCCUGGAGCCUCCCCCAAUUCAAAAGCCCUGGAGCUUAAGUUGUCUCAGACCCGCACCUCCUCUUAGACCUUCGGCAGCUCUGGGUUACAAAGAGAGGAUGUCUUAUAUCUUAAAGGAUUCCAGCAAGAGCCCUAAAACGAUGAAGAAAUUUCUCCACAAACGAAAAACUGAGAGAAAAGCAUCAGAGGAGGAAUAUGUCAUUAGGAAAAGUACUGCAGCCCUGGAAGAAGAUGCCCAGAUUCUGAGAGUGAUUGAGGCCUACUGCACUAGUGCCAGUGCAGGCCUUCAGCAGAGCCAUGGCUCAGGUGCCCGCAAGGAUUCCAUCCCACAGGUCCUCCUCCCGGAAGAAGAGAAGAUUAUCGUGGAGGAGACGAGAAGCAACGGGCAGACAGUUAUAGAAGAGAAAAGCCUUGUUGACACUGUUUAUGCACUGAAAGAUGAAGUCAAGGAGCUAAAGCAGGAGAAUAAAAAAAUGAAGCAAUGUCUAGAAGAAGAAUUGAAGUCCAGGAAAGACUUGGAAAAGUUGGUCAGGAGGCUGUUGAAGCAAACAGAUGAGUGUAUGAGGGCAGACCCGGCUGGCAAGGCCUCCCUGCUGGCUUGAGGCUACCCCAUUCAUGCUGCCGGCACUCACUCAGGUUCGACUUGGGAUCUCCAGGAAAGGAAAAUCAGACCCUUUGACUCACUCCGCUCCUCGCCUUGUCUGCUUUCUGUAUAUUUGGCUGUUUUCUGUCAUAGGAAAAAAAAAAGAAUUUGUAGUGGAAAUAGCCUUCUGUUCAAUAAGGAAAUGAAACCAAUAGGAAUUAUUGCAAUAAGAGGGCUCGGCACAUGGGCCGAGGUUCACGGUUCAUCCCGUCUCCUCUUUGGCUGGACGGGGCACUGGCGCUUGGACGCAGCUCCUCUCGGAGAAGCUGCCAAGUGGUGCCCAGUGAGGGAGGCUGGCACGCCCACUGCUUCCUCUUGAGAUCUUUUCUUUGAUCUUGAAGCCCCUCAGUGAUUCAUGUAAAAAGCUUUGAAAACCCCUAAUAUGUGCCAGGCUCCAUGCUCGGUGCUGGACAUUCAGAGACAAAAGCAAAACGACUCCCGUCCUCGACACAUUUAUGCUCUACUCUGGGAGGAGUCACCACCACCAAUCGAUACCGACUAUAUAGGAAACCGGCAUGGAGGAAUUGGGGGGUUCUAAUCACUGAGGCACUCGCCUCAUUGAUUAGCGUGAGUGGGAAUCAAGAAAGGCCUCAUGUAGGAAGUACUUUACUCAAGUACUACUUUGUUCAUCAACACCCCAUAUGGCCUGUAUGCCCUAUCUACCCCUCC